AAUAUACUGUAAGUCUUGAAUAAAAACUAAGUUGCUUGACAGUGUACAUCAAAUGGCUGCAAUAUUAUCGCACGAUUAAAAAAAAAUAGAAAUUAGUUUGAUCAAAACAGUUUGUAUGAAUGAAGCAAUAAACAUUCAGGUUUAAUUCACUUACUGGAAAAUCUAUGGAUAUUUUCUAAUAAUAUUUAGGGUGCCUGUACCAGUUAUCGCACUAUCUAACAAAAACUAUUUCUACAAAAAUAAGAAGCAGACCGUCGAAUGUCAUCGAUAUGUCAAAACUAAUCAAUUUCAUACCUUACAGGAAAAAUAUAGAAAUGCACCCAAACUACUUUUAGUAUUUAUUACGGCGUGUGCCAAUGAUAGGAACCCUCUGUACCAGUUAUGGAUACAUUUAUUAAUUUGUGUUCCACUUCGCACUAUUUACAUGCAUUUCUAAUGGGAUUAGCCAUAAAUGGUACACUAUAGCGAAAUAGGGCGCAAAGAAGCUGAAAAAUUAAGGAAAAUGCUUUAUUUUUAUCAUAAUUUGAGCAAAUUGUGUAGUUUGAAUGAUUGCAACCAUUGCAACCCCCUGAUGAGAGAAGAGACCUGAGAGAUGAGAGUCGAUAGAUGAUGAUUGUGAGUAUGAUCAGCGAUGAUAAAUGACGAUGAUAAUGAUGAAUGAUGAGAUAUGGUAUGUGAGAGGUGAGAGAUGAGAGGUGAGGGAUGAGAGUUGAUAGAUGAGAGAGGAGAGAUAUGAGUUCAGAGAUGAUGAUGAUGAGAGAUGAGAGUUAGGAAGUGUGAGAUGAGAAAUGAGAGUUGAUAAUGGAAGAUGAUGAUGAUGAUGAUGAUGAUGAUGAUAGUUAUGAGAUAAGAGAUGAUGAUGAGAGCUAAGAGAUUGGCAUUACUGUGGUAAAGGUUAUAAAAAGAUGAGGCUUUCCACGAAGCAGCACGAAAAAAUCCAUUUUUUUAAUUUUGCAUUUUUGAUUUGCAUAAAAUUUUGCACAGCUGUUCUAAUCAAUAUAAAUAACUAUUUUUUCAUAUUAAAACUUUUUAUUGAGUCUCGACUAACUUUCAAAUAGGGCCUAUGAAAAAAUGGAACACAUGCAAAUGAAAAAUCAUAUCUCUGAAACUGCUUGUUUGAUCGGAAAACUGUCUUCGGCAUAGUUGUAGAUUAAUAAAUGGUGGCUCUCAGAAAAAUACACAUUGAAAAAUUUAUUUAGUUUUUCUUCUAAAAAAACUGAAUUUUGUUACUAAAAAUUAAAUAUCUCAAAAAGUUAUGUUUUACCUUCGUGAUAUUUUGUGAGAAUAAAGUUCAUUCUGUUAGCUACCAUCUGUAGAAAUUUCAUAAUGGUAAAAAAAUGUACAAAAAAGUUAUGGCACUUUGAACAUUUUCGGUUGUGUGUUUUUUAGAGUGCAUGACGAAUUCACGCAAACUCGCCGUAGGGGUUUGGCAAAACUGUCUCAGAAUCCGAUGGAAUUUCUUAGCUUUAAAGACGUAUUUUAAAGCAAGAUUGCAUACGUUGUAUUUUUUUAUUUACCUAGACUAAUAUUUGAAAAGGUCUAAAGUAUUUGACCGUUUUUUACUCAAUAUAACUUAAAAAUGACAUUACCUACAAAAAAGUUAUGUAUGGGUGACUUUUAGAUAAUCAUGUGAACUUUCAUAACAUUGAAAAAUGUCAAUACGCUUUAAAAGUAAAAAAAAUGCAAAUAAGAAAAAUUAUUUCAAUUUGCAAAACAUGACAUUUUUGUAAUUAUUGAAAAUUUUGCCAUAUAUCGCAAGAUGCGCACUUUUGAAGAAAAGCAUUUCUGAGGUACCGUGAUUUCGGGUGAAACUGAUCAGUGGGGUGAAAUUGAUCGACGUGAGGGUCAUGUUCAUUUGUUAAAAAUAUUGAUUUACACUUAAAACAAUUAGUAGAAAAUGACCAUCAUCCGGCUAAAGGAUUAUUGAAUGAUGAGUUACAUGUUUUACAGUCAAUUAGUCACAUAUUUCUGUAUUUAAUUCAAUAUUUUCCGUAAUUGCGUGUUUGGCGAACCUCAAAUACCCUUUCAAACUUUUGUUACCGUGGCUGUAUCGCACAUGUAAUGAAUAUUCGAAUGGAUGCUUUUAGCUGCCAAGUAUUUGCUAAACACGAUUUCAUAAUCAAAAAUUGUAUAAAUAUUCAAAUUUAUACAUAAAAUUGCACUUUUCGGAAGUAAUCACUUUUUCAGUAUGAAAAGUGCAUACUUUAAGGCGUUUUCAUGAAAUUUAUUAAAUUUAAAACUUGAAUAAUUAAAAAUUGAGAAAACUCGUUAAACUUUUGCGCAGCAUUUCGCAUUCUGGGGUUGUUAAUUCAGGUGGAAAACAUAUUUUUGGCACAUGCAAAGGUAUUUAAUUUACUGAUCAAUUUCAUCCCGAAAGCAAAAUCAUUGAUUUUUUAUUUUAAAUGAUAUUUACCUAUUGCAAUAAAAUGAUUUGUAGUAAAAGUUUCAAUCUCGUUGACUGAUGAGAAUCGUGGUCGUACUUGUUUAUUGCUUUGAGUUUGACUUUCUUUGGGUGAUCGACUGUACGUUGGAUGAUAUCUUUAAUUGGCAAUUCAGUCUAAUUUGGUCAAUCAAAAAGAACUAUAUGUUUUCUUAACCCGACGUUUCGGUCCUUAUUGGACCUUUUUCAAGGAUUCUGUAAUGUUUGAGUUUGACCAUAUCGCUGCAUUCGAAAUCACGGUAGCAUUAGUAGAACAUUUUUGACAGCUCCCCCCCUCUCAAAGUAUAUUCUCCUAUACCUAAUAGAAGGCUCCUAGCAAUAUCAUAAACUUCCUCUAAAAUGCUACGUUAAUGGACGGUUCCUAACAACAAAUACUUCAUGUCAUCAUUUUGCGUGUUUCUCUUCGGUAGAAAACAAAAGAUUUUAUCCAGGGCGUUUAUUACAGAUAUUAAAUUAAGCAUAGCUCCAUAUGUUUAAAUCACAAGUCUAUCUAAUGCAAAGUAUUUAUUUUAUUCUCUUAUGAAUAAGAAAACUUUUAAGUUAAAAUUCGACUUCUGGUUGAUGUUCUGAAUUUCUGUGUAACAAAUCUGGUGUUCUGGUUCAAAAGAGAAUCCUAAAUUAUAUUCUUUGUAUUGGAUAGAUUUAUAAUUGAAACAUGUAAAGCAAUGUUCAAUAUCAAUAUGUGAAAAUCCACGUAUAAAAAUACCCAAAAAUUGGUUUGACUCAAAAAAAAAAACAUUUUGUGUUGGGUUAGAUUUAGAUAAUAGCAAUUUAAUUACUUUGAUCCAUUUUGAAUUCUAUUCUUAUUGGUUGGUGUGGGUUUUGGUUCUCCGAAAUAGGAUUAAUUUAAUUUCGCAAAUGGGCAUGUAUUCCAAAUUGACUUCAAUUUAUUUUUUAACUUUUUUUAGCGUGAUCGUUUUUUCAAUAUUUCAAUUUAUUACUUGAAAGUUUACACAAAUUCCAUAAAGUCACACAUACCACUCUUUUUUGCAGGUCAUGUUAUUUUUAAGUUAUAUUGGUAUAAAUAAAAUAGUCAAAAACUUAAGCCCUUUUCAAAUAUUAGUGUAGAUAAAUUUAAAAAAACAACAAAGUAUGCAACGUUGCUUUAAAGUACAUAGUCUUCAUACCUACACAAUUCCAUUGAAAUCUGAGAGGGUGCUGCCAACCCCAAAAUCUAGUUUGCGGGAAAUUCGUCAUGCACUCUAAAAAAACACGCAACCAAAAAUGUUCAAAGUGCCGUAACUUUUUUGUACAUUUUUUUACCACUAUAAAAAUUUUACAGAUGAUAGCUAACAGAAUGAACUUUAUUCUCACAAAAAAACACGAAGGUAAAAAAAUAACUUUUUGAGAUAUUUAAUUUUUAGUAACAAAAUUCAGUUUUUUCAGAAGAAAAACUAAAUAAAUUUUUCAAUGUGUAUUUUUCUGAGAGCCGCCAUAUAUUAUUCUACAACUUUGCUGAAGACACCUUUCCAAUCGAACAAGCCGUUUCCGUGUUAUAAUUUUUUAUUUGCUUGUGUUCCAUUUUUUCAUAGGCCCUAUUUGAAAGUUAGUCGAGACAAAAUAUGAACUUUUGAUAUGAAAAAAUGGUUUCUCACAUGAAAAGGAAUAGUAUACAAAAAUAUUAAGUAAAUUAAAAACAUCGAUUAAAAUGGAUUCGUGCUGGUCCGUGGAAUGCCUCAGAUGUGAAAAUGUAAUCAAAGUAAUAAAGAAAGUUGUUGGAAAUGAGGAUGAUUUUUAUGGUGAUGAUUUAUAAAAUCGUUUUUGGAAUGAAAUUGCCUAAGUUGUGCUUCAAUAAAGUGAAACGUAAACGGAGUGAACAGUGUCGAUGAAAAGAAUUGAACUUUUAAUUAAUGAAAGAGUAGGACAGGAGGAGAAUGUAAGGAUUAAGAGGGAUACUGAGAAAAAAACAGGGCAUAUAACAUUAGCAGUGGCGAUGUACUACCGGAUAAACAAAGGUUUUUUUUUGUUUUUAUUUCUGUGUAUUUUAACUAAUUCUACAUUUCAAAGAACAAACAAAGAAAUAAAACAAACGAUCAAGAUACAAACAUCUUCAGUCUUGUAACAUAAAUUGAACGAGAGAGUUGUGUAGUUCCCGGUUAUGCUGUACUCAGAACAAAUUCGGAGGAAUCUGCUGCUCCAAGUGUACCAGUCGCUUCAUCCGGACACUACACGUCCCAGGGAGGAUGCAGGCAAAUAUAGCACAUACUGCAAACUAGACACUUUCUACAUCUCGCUAACUGGUCGGGAGGACCUUCAGGAUGCCUAUACCUACUGCGGAGCGGGCGUUAUCCGGGAGAAAUCCGUUGGCAACAGUCUCUAUAUGAGAAUCAAAGCUGCACCGACUAGCCGUGGAGGUCGCUUUUUCUGCACGAUGUCAAUCAUCCCUGAAGCGUGUUCCUGUGGCAAGAAGAAAAUGAAUCGCAUCGUAAAUGGAGUCCAGACAAAGGUCAACGAGUUUCCCAUGAUGGCUGCCAUGGUCGACAUCAAAUCACGAACCGUAGUGUGUGGCGCUACCAUCAUUUCCAACUAUUACGCCCUGUCGGCGGCACACUGCUUGCUGCUGAGAACGGUAGAUGACACCGCUUUGUUGGUGGGCGAUCACAAUCUAACCACAGGGUCCGAUACCGGUUACGCCCAAGCGUACGUCAUAGCUCAAUUUUUGUCCCAUCCCGGAUUUACCACGCAGCCGGUAUCGAAUGACAUUGCGCUGAUCCGGACCUAUCAGCCGAUGCAGUUCAAUGAAGGUGUCGGCCCGGUUUGUCUGCCGUGGAAAUAUCGCGGCGAAAGCUUUGUCGGUGCCACCGUGGAGGCCUGCGGCUGGGGUGAUUUGGACUUUGGCGGACCGAAGUCGGACGUUCUCAACAAGGUGGCCCUUACCGUUAUCAGCAAUCAGGAGUGUUCCACACGGUUGAACUCGACCAUUACGCGCCAGAAGAUGUGCACCUAUACACCCUCGAAGGACACAUGCCAGUCCGAUUCCGGUGGACCGUUAUUCUACACCGAGGCCCGCAGCGGUUUAGUCUACGAGGUUGGCAUUGUGAGCUAUGGGUUCGCCUGUGCAACGACAAAUCCCAGUGUUAACACCAGAGUGACUGAUUUUUUGGACUGGAUUACGGCCAACACACCGUACACGUUCUACUGUUUCCAGUAGGGCGCGAAAUGAAGUGAAAAUGGUUGCGUGCUGUAGAGCUGGAACCGAGAGAAAGGAAGCCCGCGCGAAAAAAGGUCAACCGUGGAUGAUUUCGGGUCAUAUUUUUUUCCGUAGCAGUAGUCCGAGGAUUACCACGUGAGCCGGGUGCCGAGCGAGAUUGGAUGAAUUAUGAACGAACAAAGUAGAAAUAAAAUAUUGGCUUUUAAAUCUAUGUGCUUUGUCAAAUCUGCCCAGCGAUGGGGAGAUGUGAUUUGCGUAUUUAUAUUUAUUGGGUGCAAACGUAAGUAGCAGGGAAUGAAAUUAUCAGCAAAUUGAGACAAAAAUUGGCGUUUUCCGAGCAACCGAACAAUUCAACGAUUCUUUUUCCAGCGAGAAAUGUUUAUCGUUCGCUGCUGUUGCCAAACUGAAACUACACAGUGUCUUAGUUAUUUUAUUGAUGGAGAACCCGAUAUUACAGCAUAAAUAAAAAGAAAACAUUGAAAAUUCCCGAGUUGUACUUUGCAAGAGGUACGCCACUAGGGUACAGUGAUGUUCUACAUCUUAA